GUUAUUAAUCUUCUAUCAACAAAAUCAUGAGUUGGUGUCCACUUGGUGGAAUUUGAAACUCAAAAUAUUGUUGCCCUUACUUUAAACUUGCUUGGUUUUGUUUCAACCACACCUAUCAUUCUUUUCUUUUUCAGUAUUAUAUUUGCUCUUUUCCUUCUUUUGAAAACUCACAUUAGAACAUAAGAAGGAAGAAGAAUAAGAGAAUUACCAAAGGUUCCCCAUGCAUGAACAGAAUAAAUGCCAUACUGCAAAUUUAAAUGACUGCAUUGAAUUGCACGUUCUGUGCCGUCCAAUUGGUUUAGAAUCUGAAGGUUGGCAGUUGCAUAAUUUAUUUUCUUACCACCAACAGGUAUUUGAAAGUUGUAAACUUUGUAGAAAUCUAGUAGUACAAUAUAAUACUCUAUUUCUUGGUUCUGUUUCUGUUUUUGGGAUUGCAUUCUGGUUCAAGAUUGGCUCCAGUAAAUCAUAAAUUUCUCUGAUUGGUAGUGCUGAUUCUGCUAGGCAUUUAAUGAGCAAUAGCUAUCAUAUUUCUUCUCCACCACGUCCCACAUUACUCUUGUUAUUUCUAUUUGUUAUAUCAUUUUGUAGAGCUAAGCACAGCUGUGAAAUUUUCCCUUCACAGUUGAAUCGUCCAACUAUGACCAAAUGUCUUGUGAAGCUUCCUUUACUUUAAUUAUUUAUUUAUUGCCCAUCCUAAGUUCAUAUAUAGGACUAGUUAGGCAUGCACACUGAAAAUGUGGGCUAAAAACUGAUCUGCUUUUUAUUGUCUUCUAGUUGCCCUCAUUUUUUGGCCUAUCCUAAAUACUAAGUUCAUAGUAUAAUCAUGUCGACUGAAAAUGUGAGCUAAAAGCUUAUUUACUUUUAAUCUACACCUCUUUCAAAGGCCUUUAAAUCUUCCUUUGAAAGAAGUCUUCACAUUCUUAGCUUUUUGUCUAGGUGUUUGAAAUGGGUAAUUUAUCAUAUUAUAUGUUGGUCAUUUUGGGAGUUGUGCUUCAGAACUUGAUGGUUAGUUUGGCAGAAAAUGUAACUGCUAAUUUUGUGUUUGGAGAUUCAUUGGUUGAUGUGGGUAACAAUAACUAUAUUGCUUCACUUUCAAAAGAAAAUUUCAUCCCAAAUGGUAUUGAUUUUGGGGGUCCAACAGGAAGAUAUACAAAUGGAAGAACUAUAGUGGACAUGUUAGGUGAGGCAGUGGGAUUUAAACUUACCCCUCCAUACUUGGCACCAACAACAUCUGGACCAGUGGUUCUGCAAGGUGUCAAUUAUGCUUCUGGCAGAGGCGGCAUUCUUAAUGGCACUGGCCAAAUUUUCGGUGGAAGGAUCAACAUGGAUGCUCAAUUAGACAACUUUGCAAACACAAAACAGGACAUAAUCACAAGAAUAGGCAAGCCAACGACAAUAAAGCUGAUUGAGAAUGCACUCUUCUCAGUAACAGUGGGCUCAAAUGACUUCAUCAACAAUUAUCUCACACCUGUUUUCUCCACAGCAGAGCAACUAACUGUACCUCCUACGAAAUUUGUGGGAGCAGUAAUAUUCAAAUACAGAAUUCAACUAACGAGACUUUAUAAUAUGGGUGCCAGGAAGAUAAUAGUGGUGAAUGUUGGGCCUAUUGGGUGUAUCCCGUACCAAAGGGCAAUAAAUCCAUCAGCUGGAGAUAAGUGUGUAGAGUUCCCAAAUGGGCUAGCACGACUAUAUAACAACCAAUUGAGAGGCCUUGUGAGUGAACUCAGUUCCAAACUUACUGGAUCAAAGUUUGUCUAUGCAGACGUCUACGCAAUCGUCCAAGACAUUAUUCAGAACUACUCAUCUUAUGGAUUUGUGAAUGCAAACACAGCUUGUUGUUCUGGUGGUGGAAGAUUUGGGGGCAUAAUUCCAUGUGGCCCUUCAUCUAGAAUAUGUCAAGAAAGAAGCAAGUAUGUGUUCUGGGAUCCAUACCAUCCAUCUGAUGCUGCUAAUGUUAUCAUCGCAAAACGCCUGAUGGACGGAAACUCUGCUGAUAUUUGGCCUAUGAAUGUCAGGCAGCUCCUUGCUUCUUCCUAAUUUUGAAAGAACGUUAUUUUGUUUCUAUAUCUUGACAGGAAAUUAAACAUAUGCUACCUUACUAUAUACAGAGGAAAAUUCAUCAUGCAGUGUACUGUUCGGUUGCCAAA